UUCCGCAAAUCGAAACAAGUUCCCAAAUACGCUUGUAGAAGAUGUCGAAUCAAAGUGAACAAAGUCUUUCUAUGAUGUGUGACGACAUUCGCUCCACCCUAAAACUUUGAGCAGGAGAUGCCUUUCAUAAGUAGGAACGCCAGGCAUUCUAAGCCAUACCAUGAUUUGUCUGUUUUUCAGAGAUCUACAGAAAGCAAUGAGAGCCAAACUAGCACCAUCUCUCACUUGAAGCAGACUUGGGAGAAAAUCAGCAAUUGGACAAUAUUUUUGCCCUACGUCCCAAGACUCUCAUUUUGGAGCAGCUGCUCCACCACAGAUCACAUCAUAGGUCUAACUCUGCACUGCUUCAUUCUAUCACUGAUGGUGCUUGGCGUGGCCUUGGCGAAGUUGACCUGGAUUGGUUUUAAGUUAGCUUGCUUCAUCUUUCUCAACUACGCCGUCUUCCGUGGGGACAUCAUGCCCAUCCAGGAAGAUAACAGUGAGCCGAUAACCCAUGAACAGAUUCAAGACGCGACCAUUUUUGACUCAUGUGGACUUAAAAUUAUUGUUUUACAAAAGAGAACUAGACGAAUGAACACACCAGUGCUGUCUGACUUGACUCCCUCACGCCCAUACGACUCCGGAAGUGAUUCGUCACAGGACACUUUUAGUAUUUCAACAAAUAAAACUAUUUAGGAUCAUUUACAUCUUUUGAGAACGAAAUCUAGUUUUUGUAGCUUUGUAGAUUACAAUAUAGAAUCAUAAAACA